AUGCUUAUCACAAUCACAAUAACAAAUGAAAUUCUAAAUAAAUAUCACUACCAAGCAAUCCUUUCCGGAAACAACAUAGCCAAAUCUUCAAAAUCCUGUUCAUCGGUGCCGUUACAAUCACCGAUAUAUGCAUUCUCACAAAACAGCCACCCAAAGAUGUCUCAACAAUACGCUCUGUUCCUUUUCGUCUUCGCUGUUUCUCUUUCUGGAAGCCUCCAGCAGGCCAAUUGCCCUGAGGAUAAGUACGGGCUCAACAGCACCAUGAGAGAAGAGUUGUACAAAGGUCUCAAGCCUAUGAUGAAAUCUGGGCAGCUGGAAUACAAAUGCGAAUUCGAAAUAGCCGCCGGAUUGAUCCUGGAGGAUCCCUACAAGGACUUCGAGUUCACGCAAAAAACCAAUACGUACCCUAUCUUCUUUGAAGUUGAGGCGAAGGACGGUGACACCCCUUCUAGCCUGGACGAAGCUGCCCUCAAAUUCUGGAAUCAGUACAUUUCUGGACUGAGCUCUUCAAGAAAAGCUGCCGGAUGCAGCUACCUGCUCCAGUGGGGAUACCACAAAUUCUGUUGCCUCUUCGACGACAAGGCGUAA